AUGACAUUGCAAACAAAUCUGAGGGUCCAACUUCAAGGAGAUGCAAAUGCUCAACCUUUUGCAGAGAAGCUCCUUCAAAUUGGUGAAGGUACUUUUCCCACUGAUUUGACCUUAGGUGAAAUCCACUUUCCAAAUGACUUCUGUACGAUUGUGACGUCAGUUGGAGAACUUAUAGAUAAGGUUUAUCCAAACAUUUCAGAAAAUUUCAAACAACACUCCUGGUUGUGUGAAAGAGCCAUCCUCGCGGCUAAGAACGAUGUAGUGCAUGAAAUCAACAAGCACAUUCAAGACAUGAUUCCAGGCUCCGUAACAGAAUACAAAUCCAUCGAUACAGUAGUGGAUGCCGAUGAAGCUGUGAAUUUUCCAACCGAGUUCCUCAACUCCCUUAAUCCACCUGGGAUGCCAUCUCACCGCCUGCCACCUAAAGUAGGAUCGCCCAUCAUGCUGCUUCGAAACCUCGAACCACCAAGGUUAUGCAAUGGCACCCGGCUGUGCAUCAAAACACUGCUGCCCAAUGUCAUAGAAGCCACAAUACUGACUGGGAAUGAUGACCGAGGCGCCAGCUUUCAAAUUGAUUUGAACCCGCAGCGGAGAGUUCCGCAGAUCCAUCACCAAAGGAACGGAGCGGGACCGCAGCAGACUAUUGUUAAAAGAUCUUUUUUUCUUCACUUUCCCCUUCCCUGAACUAUGUAACAAAUCCCCCAAUAAAAGUAGCAUUCAUUUUUAA